AUCUAGAUGUUUAGGUUUAGAUCGAAAAGAUCUAGAAUAGAACUAUCUUUUUAAAAACUUUGAAACACACCAUGGGGAAUCAACAGUCAAUAUCAGAGGAAGAGACUGAACCAAAAUAUAAUUAUCAUGAAAAAGUUUUAAAGGAGGCACAAAAUGAAUUACUCCUGAACCAGUCUAGUUUAAAUCCUGAUGAUGAGCCUUAUUUUAGCGCAGAUGAGGGAGACAGUGUGAUCAGUUUAACGCCGCCACGCACUCGGCCAGAAUCAUCUUCUGGUGAGGACUUUUCCGAUGCAGAAUCUGUUGAAGAGGAAGCAAGUAGUAGUUUGGUCAACAGUAGCCAGAUUGAAAGCCAUGUGCAGGUUGCUGCUGAAAAUUUUAAAAAAAGAAAAGCAAAUGACUCUGGAAAACUUGAACCAAAGAAAAAAUGUGGCCAGUGCAAUGUUAGUUCUUUUCAAGAACAUGAUAGCAUUGGUCCUGAACUUGAAAUGGCCAAAAGAAGAGGAGCCUCAAUUUUACUGUCACCCAACAGCACACAAUUAAGUGAAAGUGUUCUGUCUGGCACUAAUGUAGACAAUUUGUCUCAAGUACUACUAUGUAAUGAUACUGCUAACACCAGUAUUGAGCCUUCACCUUUUAAACCUAUUUCACCCAAAGUGGCUGAAAUUUCUCAUGCGAAACGAAAAGCUCCACAGAAUGAAGAUGAUAACACCACUCCUGUUAAAAAGAUGGCCACAAGAGCUAGUUCAAAACGCAAUCGUCUGGGUUAUUUUGAAUCGUCAGAAUCAGAAGAAAGUGAAGAAGAGGCUACAAGGUCUGGUAAAAGAAAAAAUAAAGCUAAAAAUACGAAAGCUAAAAAAUCCAGGGGAGAGGAUUCACUAAACAGAGCCAGUAAAGAUGCAGAUUCAAGUGUACAUGGUAAAAAAAGACACAAAAGUUGUCAUAAAUGUAGUGAUGAAUCCAAUACAGAUUCCACAGACACAAGUAUUGAUAACAGAAAAACAAAAAAGAUGAAAAAGUGUAGAUACAGAUCUAGAAGCUGUAAAAAGUCUAACAGAGAACAACAGAGCAGUCCAGAUGACAUGCACUAUGAGGGCAAGAAGAGACACAAGCAUGAACCAAGCUCUGACUCUGAAACAGAAACAACUGACGAUGACAUGACCAGAAAAAGAAAGCAUAGCAACAAGGAUGACAAUGUUAGCAAAAGUAACAAUUCACACACCAAUAUUGUCACACCUAAAGACAACUCCAUUACCCACACUUUAAAUCCGCAGCAUUCAAAUCUUCUGACUUGUGAAACUCUUAAGAUGGGAGGUAACAGCUUUCGUAAUUUACAAGGCAAGGUGUUUCCUAUUCGUCAAGGUAAUCUCAUUAACAUUACCAGUGUUUCAAGCAGUGGUAAAAAUCUUGCAAUGAGCAAGAUAAAAGCUAACAACCACGACUUGAAGGUUGGAUCUGACAGUUCGGCUUUUGUUUUAACCAGCUCCAAGUCAGUUGGAGCAGGCACAAACCAAACACCAUCACAACCAACUCCGUCUGAAGAAAUUGUAUCCCCAUUUCAAAAUGUAGUGUUGACUCCCACUAGAGUUCGGGUACCACUGGAAAAUGGUUUUAAUCCAUCCAUGGAUUCUAUAACUGAUCACAAUUCUGAUAUGGAAGUGGAGAUGACACAUACAUCAGAACUGCCAUCCCCCACCUCUAGAAUUUUUUCUAAAGGGAAAAGACGCGCACAAACUACGGCUAAGGUUUUCAAACACUUCUGGGAUGAAAAAACAACAAAUUUGAAAUCAUUCAUUUCUAAAUCAAUAACUUCACUAAACAGUAUAGGUGACUCCAGUGGCGCAUCUUGGGCGGCUAAUUCACCCACUUCCCCUGCUGGGGAUUCUAUUUAUAGCCCAGCAAACACUUCAGUUCCAUGUGUGAACUCUGCUAUGACUUCCUCGCCAAACAGUCACCUUCUCUCAAGUGGGCAGAUGGCUCUUUCACAACUUUCACCGAUUAAUACAGUUUCCCUGCAAUACCCUGGUGUCAACACAUCAACAGUGUCACCUGCAGCAACAUGUCAACAACAAGCUCACAUACCAACAUCAACAGUGCUGCUUCUUCCCCAGGAGAAUCCCAAUCAAGCAUUGAAUGUGCAGUUGUCUGAUGCAUUAAGGUUGACUAUUGCCCUAGGGGACAUAUCCCAGCAGACAACAGGGGGGAUAGUCAACUGGACAGAUGGUGGACUGACACAUACAGUCACACAGUGUAGCAAGGUGAUAGCCGCCAGAGCUGGGGCUCUAAUGAGAGCUGCCUGUAAUGACUAUGUUGAAAAUAAAGGCAGCAAUCUUGAGGCACCAGAUGUGCUGACCACUCCCGCAGGGGGAAGAUUUGACAAGGCUGUAGAAGCUAUCCUCCAUGUGGUUGCUGCUCCAUGGCUUGAAGGAGAUGAGAGUAAAAACAUCUCUGGCUUAGUUGAAGUCUACGCUAAUUGUUUAAGAUUUGCAGAUGAAAGAUUGGCCUUGGAGAGUGUUUCAUUUCCUCUAAUUGGAGAAGGAAUAUUUCCCGUAGACAUGUGUAUUCAAGCCUUUUUUGACUCAAUACUGGUCUUCCUAGCUGAGAACAAAUCAACAUCACGCAGUAUCAACUUGCGCUUGGUUCAGUUGGUAAUGACAGAAACUCAUAUCACAAACUUUGCUGCUGACUUUGUCCAGUCAUGUUUGGAUCACAUCUCUAAAGAGGGUUUGAACAAAGCUUUAGCAACUACAUACAGACAGUACACUGGGAACCAAAUGUCACCUUUAAACAGUCAGCCAACAGAUUCUCCUGAGAGGAACAGCUCUGGCCGUCCCAGAAUAAAAAGGCCUAGGUUAUGAGAGUUCAAUGUGAAAAUUUAUUUCAUGUUUUUGUUUAGAAAAAAAAUAUUUUGAUUGGAUUGUUAAAUUAAAAAGAAUGUUUUAUUUAAAAUUAAAAGGGCAGCAAUUAAGGUAAUAAUAUCGGCCAUGUAAUAGUAUUUUUUAACUAAACUUGUAAUGCUUGCAAUUGCAGCAUUUAAUUUCUACUUUAUAGAUAUAGAUCUAUAUUAAGAUGGUAUCAUGAAG